AUGGAUCCAACACAUCUUCUUGCGAUGCUGGUUGGGUAUAUGACAACGACAAAUCUAAGGAGAAGACAGUGGAACAGGACAUUUGGUCGUCAUCGGACCCUGGUCACGUGCACGACUGCCAUUGUAGUAAGCGGAACAGCUCUGGCUUUCUCCGUCAACAUAUGGAUGUUCAUGGUACUUAGAAUGAUCACAGGUGCAUUUACGGUUGGAAUGCUCCAAUCAUCCUUCGUACUUGCAAACGAAUUGGUUGGUCCUUCCAAGCGAGCCAUUGCUGGUACUGUGAUAUGGGUCCACUUUGCAGUAGGGUACAUGGCAUUAUCCCUGCUAGCAUUCUACGUCAGGAACUGGCGUCAUCUACAGCUGGUUGUUUCCUUGCUACCUACUAUUCUGCUCAUCAUAUACGUGCGGACUCCAGAAUCUCCACGUUGGUUGUUGUCAAAGGGCCGUAUCAGAGAAGCAACAAAGGUCAUGCGCAAACUAGGCAAGAUCAAUGGAGCCGAAAUUAAAGAGACAUUUAACUUGGACAAUGUGAAAACGGGUAUGAAAGUCGAGGGGGGUCGAGACCAGGGUUUGGUUAAAUUAUUACGCAGUCCUCGUUUACGUCUCUACACGCUAAACCUUAUGUUCCAGUUGUGGGGGAGGAGACCGGUUUACAUCUUCUUCAUGGCCUUAUGUGGAACCGCCAUUUUGGCCACAGGUUUCAUUCCGUUCGGUAUUGGACGAGCCGCAGUAGCAAUGAUUGGAAAGUUUGCCAUCACAGCUUCCUUCUGCAUUAUCUACCUACGUGCUUGUGAGAUUAUUCCGACCCCAGUUAGGUAA